UGAGAGUGAUGAAUAAAGUUGCCUGUGUACCUCGUCUUACUACAGGGAAGUUAAGUGAAGGACAGGCUGCUAAAAUGACAGGCGGCAUAGGCGACAGUUCAAGCAAGGUCCUGACCCUCGAUGAUCUCAUCGAGGCGAUGGACAAGCGGGAGAGAACGCUGAGGAGUGUCCCCAAAGUCGACACCUUCCACUUCAAUGGGGAACGGGUCUCUGAAUGGCUGGACCUAGUGGAGCAAGCCUUGGUGGGAGUACCAGACGAGACGAAAUUCAAACACAUCCUACAAUAUGUGCUCCAUAAGCACCAUCCGGAAGUACAGAAGGUGGUCGACGACGCCAACGGCGACUGGGCUAAAUUUAAGGAAGGAAUGCAGCGGAAGUAUAGAUUGGGGGAUGGCCUGCUGACUAUGGCGGACUUCGAGGCAAUGAAUAGGGACGACUUCACCACCAUUGGGGCAUUCCUGCAAGAAUUCAAAAAGAAGGCGAGAAAGAGGCAGAAACGGAAGGACAGGGAUGCGGCUGGGUCGCCAGGAGUAAAGAAGAUCAUAACCGACACACUAGCAGGGCUAGACCCGGUGAUACAGUGGAAGGUGACGGCGGCGGUCCAGGAAAAAGGCAAGGGGGGCGUGGUAGAGGAGGCUAUAUGGAAAGAGGACGAGAAAAAUGGACUGAUUUAUUCUAAUAUGGAUGGGGACAUUUACGACCAAUUUGGAGAUUUUAUUGAUAGGAAGGCUGGUGGGGUUAGGGCGGAGGCCCAACGAAGGUUGGCAGCACGACAACCACCCCCUGCCACGUUCAGGCUAUGGCAGGAGAAGGAAGAGCUGCCAAUUGGAGUUGAGGAAGUAGGAAGUGACGAGGAAGUAACCCCUAGGGUACAGGCCGGGGAUGUAAGAGAGAGGCCCAUAAUCAUCGAGUCGGACGAUGAGGGUGGCGAUGAGGAGGUAGAGCUGACGGUAGUCCUGCUGAAUAAGAUGGAGGAAUUAUUGGACAAGGUAGGGAGAUACCAACGGAAGUUGGUAGAUCUCUGCGAGGGAGUGAAGGAGUGGAGGGCUAACCUCCCCAAGGUCUUCCUUUAUGACUCUGGUCCGGAAUCCAUGCCGGGGCGGCCCGGAGUGACUACUGUGGGGACGGGCCCGCGAUCAAGGAUGAUGACUAGGCCCCCUACCCCGCAAGCUAGGCUGGCUCAGGCAACCCGCACUCGAUGUCAAGCUAAGGCAGAUACGAGUUAUGAACCUCCUCAGAAGGAACCAGAACCAGAAAAGAGAAAGCAAACUGUAGAGGUAGAGGAUGAUGAUGAUGAUGAAGGGGAAGAUGAUCGGUUACGUCAGGAAGAAGAUCAAAGGGCCGAACAGCGAACCAAGAAAAGAGAAAGCCGGGGAGAGGCCGAACCGGUUAUGCGAGACGUACCACCAAAGAGGAAGAAGUAUGCGGUCCGACUAGAGGAAGGAUUUGAUGUAGAGCGAGUGAUUGACAGGCUGCUUGAGGGCCAUAAUGAUUUAAUGACCCUCAAGGAGAUCCUGGCUUCCGCGCCAAGGCCCCGCAAUGAAUUGAAGGGAAGGUUGUCAAGGCGGCUGGUGCCGAACGUUCACCUCAGUGUGAUCCGACCCAAGGAGAUGGAGUGGGUUGAGCCAGGAACAAAAAUGGAUUGGAAGUGUGUGGCUUAUGGCGUGGUGGACCUAGCGGUAAAAGGCUCUAAGUGCAUGGCCAUGGUAGACACGGGGGCCGAAAUGAACAUUAUCCGGGAGACCGAUGCCGUCAGUUUUGGACUGGAAAUAGACCGCUCAGACUGCGGCAUCCUGCACGGGGCCAACAACAAGGCUGUGUUUUGUGGAACAGCCUCGAAUGUGCUACUGGAGAUUGGCAGGGUGAAGACGCGGGCCUGUUUCUUUGUGAUGCCUGAUGUAGACCACAGUAUCCUCCUGGGGAGGUCCUUCCUAUGCAGGAUAGAGACCUUGAUGUAUAAUAAGCAUGAUGGAUCAUUGCUCUUGAUUUUAUGUGAUCGAGCAUGCGGGAAUUACGAAGUGAUUACCUGCCGGAACACUGGGCCAAGGAGCCUCAGGAACAGGCCCAACCCUGGCUCAUUCACGAUCGAGGAGUCAGAAGACGCGCAUCGGAGGCUUAUGGCAGAGCCCGAGGAGGAAGUAGAAGGUGAAGCCUUCUCGCUCAGCCUGUCGGAUGUGGGAAAGGCCAUGGAUAUAGUGGCCACGCACGAGAUGGCCGAUCCGGAUGCCAUUCAGGCGUUGAGGGAGCAGGUUCUGGAGUAUCCCCAUGUGGGGGAUAUGGAGCUGGUCUAUCGGCUUCCUAAGGGGAGAAUGAAUCCGGCGAUGGCACAGGCACAGGCACGAACGGCAAUUCCCGUUCUGGUUACCGAGGACGAGGAGGUGUACUACGAACGGGAGCGAGCGUUGAUACGGCGGAUGAGGGAAAACGCGUUAGAAGGGCCAUGCCGUAUCAAUGAGACGAAUGAAGGAAAGUUGAUAGUGGGAGAACCGGACUUCCUAUUACAGCGGGAAAGAGCCCUGAUGGUGGACCUGAUGAAAAAAAGACAUCGCGCCUAUGCUUUCAGUGACGAGGAGCGUGGCAGGUUGAAUGUGGAUAAGAUUCCAAUGAUUCACAUCCAUAUCGUGCCACACGAGCCGUGGAACCUAAGGGGGGCGCGAUACCCAGAUUCGGACGAAGAGAAGGAGGUAGUGGACUACCUCGAUGGCAAAAUACGUACGCACGUCGCCGACUACUCAAGCGGACCAUACGCAUCCCCGUGGUUUUGCUUUAUUAAGCCCAAUGAGACGCUAAGGUGGGUACAAGACUUGCAGAGACUGAAUGCGGUGACAGUGCGGGACGCAGGUGGGCUACCAAAUGCUGAUGCGCUGUCGCAGUCAUGCGCUGGGAGGUCGAUAAUUUCACUUAUUGACCUCUGUUCCGGAUACAACCAAUUUCCGGUCUACCCGCCGGACCGACCUGUGACGGCUAUGCACACGCCUCGAGGGCUUAUCCACAUGAAUGUGGCUCCACAAGGGUGGACGAAUGCGGUGGCAAUGGUCCAGAGGAAUAUGAUCCGGGUCAUGCAGACAAUUAGUCCACACAUCACACAGCCAUACAUCGAUGACCUGGCAGUGAAAGGGCCGCGAAAAAGGGAAGACAAUGAGGCCCUACAUGGAGUAAGGCGGUUUGUUUGGAGGCACGUUCAGGACCUUAAUAAAGUCAUAGGCUUGCUUGAGGAGUACAACCUUACGGCCAGUGGGCCUAAGUCUAAGCACUGUAUGAGGGAAGCAACUAUCUUGGGGUUCGUCUGUAAUGAGAAUGGUCGGCGACCGGAUGUUAAGAAGACGGAUAAGAUUGUUGAGUGGCCGGUGCCAUUCCGUUCUGUAACAGAUGUAAGGAGCUUCCUAGGUACGUGUGGGUUCUGGAGGUCAUUCGUCAAGAACUUUGCGGCAAAGACAGAGCAAUUAAGGAAGCUGGUCCGACAGGAUCAGGAGUGGACCUGGGGUGAAGAUCAGGAAGAGGCGGUGGCCAACAUGAAGGAGGAGUUUCGGGAAGGAGGGUUGGUACUGCGAGCGCCUGAUUAUGACGCUACGGAGACGAGACCAUUCAUUGUGGAGACCGAUGCAGGACCGACGGCCUUGGGUGGAGUUCUAAUCCAAACAGACGUCAAGGGGAAGGAGAGGUCGUUGCGCUUUGAGAGUCGCACGCUAUGUACGUCGGAGAGAAACUACUCCCAAUUCAAGAGGGAAACUCUCGCCGUCCUUCGUUGUUUGCGGAUUUUUCAAAACUACAUCUUCGACAGGAGGUUCAUCUUGAGGGUAGACCCAACGGCUCUGGCUUUCUCCCUCAGGAAUUAUGUUCCGUCCGAUCCAACAGUUGCCAGGUGGUUGACAUACAUCUGGAUGUUCAACUUCGAGUUGGAACGGAUCUCAGGGAACAAGAACAGGGCAGAUGGGCUAAGUCGCAUCAACUGGGAUAGGCAGGACGGGGAAGCUGUAGAGGAUACGCCCCCUCACGCGSCUAAGGGGUAUGAGCGGAAAGCUGAGUUGGUGCUCAAGCCUUUCGAAGAGGAGGAUCCCUGGGGUGGUAAGGACGUCCAAUGGAUGACCAAGUUGGCACUCGCAGGUAGCCCUUGUAUGGUGGAUGAGGUAUUGACGAUAGAGGAGGGCCAGGAUAAGGUAAAACAUCACACGGAAUUAAUGAGAGGGAUGUACCUCCUCGUCAAUGCGCUUCUGCAGGAAUCCCUUGAUCUGGAAAACUCACUAAAUCCGACCGAAGGGAGAGAUACUGUGUUGGAAAGCCAGGAUGACGAGUUCGAAGAGGGAGAGAUCAAGGAGGCAUUCCGCGCAGAGGAGUACGAUGGGAUUUACCUAGAGUUGGGACUUCUCUUAUCCUGCGAGAUGCGUGAUAGAGACGCAAGCCAUAGGGCGCAAAUGAUGAGGGAUCGCUACCUAGUAAGGGACGGUCAUCUCUUUGUAAGAAGGGAGGUAGGAAACCCCAAACGGGUGGUAUGUGGUCGCAACCGUCAGAUUGACGUCAUAGCGGCGCUUCACGAUGGCAUUGCAGGCAAACACCGGGGAAUUACUGCCACAUAUGCCAAGAUAAGUGAGCUAUACUACUGGGACGGAAUGAUGGAGAUGGUUGGCAAGUUCUGCAGUUCCUGUGUGUCGUGCCAGAAGCAGUCUCGUCUAAGGCCAGGAGAGCCGCUGCAUCCAAGGCUGCAGAGAGAGGUCGGGGCCGUAGUACACCUCGACUUAUUGUUCAUGCCCCUUGGAGAUCAUGACUACAACUAUAUCUUCGAUGCGCGCGACAACCUAUCUGGCUUCGUAGAUGGACGGGCAAUCCGUACGAAGACUGGGGCAGUUCUGAUCAGCUGUCGUUACCCGUUCGUUAGGGAAUUCGUAAUAGACAGGGCGUCGGAGUUCACCUGUCAGGAGGUGCAAGAGUUGUUGUCAAGAUAUGGGGUAGUGGCUAACUACACCACGACCGCCCACCCUCAGGCAAAUGCCCCAGUUGAAAGGGGGCAUAGCACCAUUACGGCCUUGCUAGCUAAAUGGACCGAAGGUAAGCCCAGCCAGUGGCCAAGGUAUCUGAGGGCCGCCUUCUUCGUUGAGAACAUCACAGUAAAAAGGACCACUAAGUACGCGCCGACCACACUAUGGUAUGGAAGACAUGCUACCUUUCCAAUCGAGAGCUUCCUAAAGACUUGGAGGCCUCGGCACUUGGAGGUAAACCUGUCUUUCGAAGAACUGCUCGAUAUUCGAGCUCGGCAGGUGGGCGCGAUUGAGGGAAGGGUCCAAGAGGCAUCCGACCAGGUAGAGAGGAGUCGUAUGGACGAUAAGGCUCGCUCGGAUCAGUCGGCUUGUGUAAGAAAGGUAACCUUGGUAGUUGGGGACGUCGUGCUCUUGUAUGAUUCGUCCCUGGAAAAACAAUGGUCCAGGAAGCUGAACAAGAGGUGGUUAGAUCCCUAUCGGAUCGUGCGAUGCGGAGAGUUUGGUGCAUACAAGAUCGAGGAGCUGAAUGGAGCAGAGUGGAAAGACUGGGUGUCAGGGACGAGGUUGAAGAAGUUUGUGGCCAGAGAAGAGCAAGAGGCACCUAUGGGAAGAGUCAUUUUGGAGCCUGAGGAGGCAGAGGCCAAGAGGAAGGCUGAGAGGGAAGCCUUCGAAUUCAGAGCCCCUACGGAACUUGCGGUGCUACCCACGAUAGCUGCAGACCCUGCCAUGCCACCGUUACUUGAGGAGAGACUGCCCUCGGCCAGUGAUGAGCCUUCCCAAGGCUCGACAGGAGGAUCCUUGGAUGUGCUACUAGAAGCAGUCCACUCUAUGCAGGAGGAUGCUGGCUUGUUUUCACCAGAGUCCAAGUUGGAAGAGUCCCUGGAGAGCGAGAUGGGAGGUGCAAUGGAGGGCAUCAUCGCAGGCAGGCCCCAGAGGUUGGAUACUCCUAACUAUGAGCCAGAGGGAGCAAGGGCGCAACCAGGGCCCAGUCCGCGAGAGUCGGAAGCAGGAUCUGAGAAACCCAGAGAUGUGCCUCAGUGCCAUGAGUUGGAUGGAGGGGCCAAGGAAACCCCAUUGCCAGCAAGGUCCCAGCGGAAGAAGAAAAGACCUAGGACGUCUUUUGACUCGACCUGCUUCUAUUGUACGGAGGAAGAGCACAGGGCAUUGCAGUGCCUCAAAUUCCUAAAGGACCAGGCAAACGGGAAGGUCUCGGAGUAUGAUGGGAAGAUGUAUGAUAGGCAGGGUUGGGUGGUGGAACGAGCUGUAGAUGGGGGUAGAGCUCAGUUGUACAGGCAGAACCAGGAGGAGAUGAGUGACUAGGGUCUGGUUCACCUGAAUAAAACAGGGUAUUUCUU